AGACCACUAGAUGAGAUAGAGGCUCAGGUCAUGAGUGAUUUAAGGAUGAUUUUCGCACAGAUUGAUGAAAAAUAUCUGAAGAAAAGUGUGUUGCAUUCCUCUAAUCGUCAGUUGCCCUACAGCAAAAACAUCUUACUCCAAAGAUGCAUCGAUGAUAUCCUAGAUGAGAGGACCAAAAACAUGCCAGAUGAGACUGUUGCAAAAUUAGGAGCAUCCCCAAAUCAUUCUUUUGUGAAUGACAGACAAACUAAUAUGGGAACUGCUAACAGAAAAAAUGAUGAGGAUAAAGUUGCUGCUGCUCCUGAUCUGCAUAUUGAGGCCGACAUGUCGGAUGACUCUGAUUACUCAUUGAGCUCUCAGCUGUCGGAGGACAAGAGUUCAAAUCUCUCAGAUGAUGAGGAUCUGAUUGAUGCUUCACAAGUCACAGGCAUUACUCCUAAACGAUCCAAAGAUAUUGUAUCUGGACGUAUUAUUGAAGGAGGUGUUGAGAAAGUCAGGAGACAAUCGGAUGAUAACCUGGAGAGAAGUGUGACAACAUUAAACUCUACAAUUUCACUGUUAGAAACACCUGAAGCUAUCAUUCACAGCCCAAUGAUAAAACCGCCAACACCCAAAGCUAACCAUAGAACCACAUUGAUUAAGCCACCAGCAACAUUUGGAUCACCAAUGACUUCAACUCCCAACUUUGAUCAACAUAGGCAUAAUAAACAGAACAGUAGUACUGACUUUGGUUCUAGUAGAUAUCACAAACCAAAUAACAAUAAAAUGAAUCAUAGUCAUAGCGAUAGUGAGUUUACACGUAAUAGUUCUCCACAAAACAUUGUCACAAAGAUUCCUAGUAGUGAACCCAGGAUAAAAGCAAGCAGUUUUAAACCAUUCCUAGAUAAACAAAACAAGGUCGAAGAUGAACUUCCUGAAAUGUUAGGCCCUAGAGGUACAAAAUUAUCUCCACCUUCACUUCAUAGAAAGUUCUCUGACUCUCUGUACACUCAGUCAGGGAUUUCCAUGCACAAUAGACAAACUCCUUCCAGUUUCAUAUCAUCAACGGAGAACCCCUUGAAACGAUCAUAUAAAGACAUUGACAAUGACUCCCUACCAGACCUAACUAGGAAGCGUACAGUCUCUAUAAGCCCUAUAAAGCCUCCUAAGCUAACACUACCAAACAAGGCAACUAACCUGCAAGUCACAUUCUCUCCAAAUAAAUCAGCGGCACCAGACAUUGUUAAACCAGCGAAACUUAAUUUUGGCAAUGUUUCACCAAAAAAGGUGCCAAGUCCGAAGCGUCCUAUCUUGAAUCCUGCUACUUUUAUUGGUCCACAGGGAGCUAGACAAAAAACGUUGACAAAGUUAUCAAAAAGAUUUGAUAAUAUCAGUGACCCACCCUUUGAUAACUCAGCUGAAGUUCACACACUAGGGUCAUGUGUAAAAAAGUCAUCCAAUGGGCAAGAGGAAAUAAAGGCAGACAUUGAGCCUAUUGAUAUUGGUUAUGUACCUGGUUCUACAAUAGACUUGACCAAAGCCCGAACUGAAAAUACUAUUGACUUAAGUAUAGCACAAGGUCCUACAAUUGAUUUAACAAAACACACACAAGGGCCGACAAUUGACUUAACGAAGCAUAAUCCAAAUAAUGCUAUAGCCAUUAUUACAGAAGAAAAGUUGGAAAAAGUUGAAAAAACAUUAGGACACAUGCGGGCUGGAUUGCGUGCAAUAGAACAGAUGAUAGCAGAAGAUGAGCCCCCAAAUGCACAUAAGCCCAUUCUUGAUCUGUAUCCAAACAUUCAUAGUGGACUACCAAAGAAAAAUCAAAGCAAUGAUAUGAAUCUGAUACAGUCUCCUCCAAGGAAUAAACCGCACACAGUUCCUGAUCAGUUAUAUCAAGUCCCUAAGGUGGUCAACAGGCCUAUUAUAAGACUACCAUAUGGAAGGCCUGAUCCAUACAUUGGGGUCAACAUUCCUGCUCAACCAAACAGAGCUCCUGACCCUCUCUUGAGACUAGUCAAUCCUGAAUUAAAGAAAACACCUAACAACCCAUUAGAUAGGGAUCUAAUACCUCGCCUAGUUAUAGACCCACCUGAGCAAACUAAAGAGACUCCAAAACUGCAUAAUAAUAAUAAGGUUGAAGCAAUCCUACCUACUACUGAAAAAGUUCAGCAACAACCACAUGCCACAUUUGACAAUGAAGGGUUUCAGCAUUAUGACGAGGAAGCUUUCGGCAGCUAUGUUCUGCCACCACCGCCCCCUCCAGUCACCAUAGAAACCACAAGGGAUGAGGUCCGUAAACAAAUUCUUGAAAUGUUCCCAGAUGUUGAAGUUGACUUCUUAAUCCGGUUGAUAAUGAUGCGAGGCGAACCUCCUCCUGGUGUAGAAGCACAGGCUUUCCUCAUGGAGUGGGCAUGUAACCAGUUGCUAGAAAGGCCUUACCCUAAAACUAAACCUAAAGAGAGAGUGCCAUCUUCUGCAACAGCUUCAUACACUGCAAGUGUAGACUCUGUACAGGCUGCAGAUGUGAACUACUAUUCUGAAGAUGCUGUAAAAACAGUUCUAAAUCCCAACGCUCGUAAACAGGGACUUGAUCUCAUCUCAAAUGAGUUCAGAAAGCUCUCACUGAUGGGUCUGAGACAGAUCUAUGAGGCAUUCAACAGUCAUUAUGCGGCCACACGUAAAGCUGUCAUAGAUGGGGUUGAGGCAGUUGGAUACACAUUUCUCAAAGUGGACUUACGAUAUGGGAAAUCAGAUAAAAUGAAUGCAUUUGAUGUGUCUCAAGGUUACUUAGUAUUAGUUAAUGCUGAGACCAAGACUGAGGCACCAGCUGGAACAACAUUGAAAAUACGGAUGCAAGCAGGUUCCAAUAUAUUUCUGGUACCAAUAAAGUCCCUGAAAUCAGGACGGCCACUUAAAACUAUGAGUAUGUUUGAUGAACAGCUGCUCAGGGAGGUUAGAUUUGUGAAUGGUGCUAUACAGAAGGAAGUUGAAAAAAAUGACCACAUUGUUGCUGAUAACUUGAACAAGGAGGAGUAUGAGGAGGCAGGUCAGCUGAUUGAGUGUGGCUGUUGCUAUGGAGAGGUACCAUUUGACACUAUGGUCCAGUGUUACGAUGGGCACCUUUUCUGUGAGGAGUGCCUCAGGAGAUAUGCUCAAGAAGCUGUGUUUGGUCAAGGCCAGUCCAAGUUGACAUGUAUGUCUGAUGGUUGUGAUAUGACAUUUCCAAUGGCCCAGCUCAAAAAAACUCUACCUGAUAAAACCCUUGCCAAAUAUGAGGAAAGAUGUCAAGAGGAAGCCAUUAAUCUUGCAGAUAUGGAAAACCUAGUAAGGUGUCCUGCUCCUGAAUGUGAUUUUGCUGCACUUAUGGAUGAAGGUGACAAAGUAUUCAAAUGUCAGAAUUCCAGCUGUAUGAAGGAGUGUUGCCGCUACUGUAAGACUGACUGGAAAGAGCAUUUUGGAAUUCCUUGCAAUGAAAUAGAGAAAACAGAUGAAACCAAGAUUAGGUUAAAGUUUGAGGAGCAGAUGACAGCUGCUAAAGUUAGAUCAUGCCACAAGUGUAAAACGGGUAUAACAAAGUCUGAUGGGUGUAACAAGAUGACAUGCAGAUGUGGUGCUAAGAUGUGUUAUAUAUGCAGGGCUCCUAAUAUUGAUUAUAAUCAUUUCUGCCGACACAUGAGGGAGCCUGGCAAGAAAUGUGCUCAGUGUACCGCAUGCUCUUUGUGGACAAAUCCAGAAGAGGAUGAUGAGCGUGCUGUGAAGCAGAUAAAAGAAGAUGCAGAAAAAGCCAGGAAGGCAGAAGGUUAUACAGAUGACAAGUUGAUAGGGGCUCCUGAAGAACCAGCUGCCAAGAAACGAAAGUCAAACGGGAAUCGUGUAGGGAACAAAGCCCUAUAUGCAUACAUAAAAUAUAUUGAUUGUGAAGAAGAGUCUGCUACCAACAUAUGGAUAAAGGUGAUGUUUGAGACCAAAAAAAACGGCGAGUGGUUUAUGUUGGCUAUUUCCAAAGCAACAACAUGUAUGCAUGUCAAUACAAGGAUUGCCAUUGCGCAUGUUCAUUUGUUGCACAAUACAACACAGAAAAAGCAAGCAGGAUCAAAGAUUAUUAAUUGA